UUGUUGAGGUCAGAUGAACGGUUUCGAUGUCAUCAGCUUUAGACUUGGGUUUACAGAUGUGUUCGAUACAUAGCUAUUUUAUUUCUUUGAUGCACUUUGAUGUCUUUAAUAACUCGCAUAUGACAGAUUAGACAUAGCAUGUACGCAUGCGUGUCAACCAGUAUAAUGUCCAUAUAGCCGGGAUUCGAACCUUCAGAUUCGACCGUCCCCGCAGCAUCAGUUGAGAAUGAAAAGUGCACAGAUGACACUGUCCUGCCCGUCGUCUUCCUAGGAACCGGUCCUGGUUGUCGUUUUUUGGCGCAUACCCUGGGAAGCCUGUUAACGCUUUGAAGAAAUGGCCGGGAUUAAAGCACUCAUAAGCCUGUCCUUCGGAGGAGCCAUUGGCCUUAUGUUCCUCAUGCUGGGAUGUGCACUGCCUGUGUAUGAUAAAUAUUGGCCACUGUUUGUUCUCUUCUUCUACAUCCUGUGUCCUGUACCCUACUGCAUCUCCCGAAGGAUUAUAGAUGACACGGACGCUGCCAGCAAUGCUUGUAAAGAGCUGGCCAUUUUUCUAACCACAGGAAUAGUGGUCUCAGCCUUUGGGCUCCCCAUUAUCUUUGCCAGAGCUGAUGUGAUAGAAUGGGGAGCAUGUGCACUUGUGGUGACGGGCAAUACCAUCAUCUUCGCAACUAUUCUGGGAUUCUUCUUGGUCUUUGGGUCGAAUGAUGAUUUCAGUUGGCAGCAGUGGUAAAAUCGCGUGUGUUGGGUACCUGGUCCUGAACUUUAAAACUGUUAUUACCACUGUUAUUUUAUUAUGAUUAUUUAAACGACCAGCUAUCCACGGGCACACAAUCGGUGCAAUAACCUGAAUAUAUGUAAUUGUUUUUCAACUUGUGAAAAUGCUCUGACGUUUGACUGACAAUUAUUUUGGGACAUUUUGUCCAUCUCUCUUUUUUUUUACACAAACUUCCCUUGAAUGUAAAGAAUAUAAGGGCAAUGGAAUUUAGUUCUUUUUUGCUUCAUACUGUAGCACAAAUGCAAGAUUGCUGCUGUAUAUUUACCAAGCCUCAGUGUACAUAUGUAUGCAGCAGCUGAAAUUCAUUGCUUAUUUGAUCUAUCUUUAUAUUCAAAGAAGGUAGUCACUGUGUAACAAAUAAAACUUGCAGCAAUUUUUCUUCAUCUAGCUGGAAAAAUGCACUUGGCUCUUCAGCUUCUGUGAAAGGUUUUUGGAGGCUUCACUGAGGGAUAAUAAAAUUUACCAGUCUUUUUUUUGCCAAAUAAGAACAGUAAAAAGAGAGCCUCCUGAAGCUGGAAUGCAAUACAAAACAAGCAUGCCUGGUUUCCAAGGCAUUUCCUGUCUGUCUACUUUUGUGUUGUAACAAUGUCAUUGAAACACAAUGAAUUUUGUUUUGGAGAUGUAGCGUACUGGGAAAAGAGCGCCUUUUUGUAGUCCAUAGGAGGGGCAUUCGGGGGGAACAGCUACUGAAAGUCUUCUGAAGCCCCCAUGUGCGAUAGUACAAUUUAUGUGCCUCCCUUAAAGGGAAAUCCACAGGUGUGCUGUUCACAGAUAUGGAGGGGAUGCUAGCCACAUCACUUCCAGAUGGACUGUAUUGUAUAACCCCUGUUAAUGUUACAGUGACAUAGAUGGGAGAAUGUGGAAAUGUGUGACAUAUUCUGUGGUCAUCUUAC